AAGCAGUCUGUUAAACCCGUGCAGCACUAACACAGUGUGUUGUAGGACACAGGUGCUACUAGUGCCAGCUGUGUUGGAUUACCAGAUGUGUUGGAUUACCAGUCAGAAUUUACAGGAAUACCAGCUCCUGGACCAUUCUGGAAUUAUCAUCCUCACUGACAAUUUAAAAUAUUGAUGUUUUAUUUUGGAGAAUAUACUUCACAUGGAUUCUAAUUCACACAACCAUGUUCACCUGUGAUGACUCUUGAACUCGUACAGACUUUGAGGCAGUUCUCCUGUUGUUGGAGAUUCUGAGUGAGUACGGAGCUCCUUACCUUUGGGCAAGAAUCCUGUGGGGUGGCUUCGCAAAGGGCAAAGGAGUCGAGUAAGGGGGAGGAGAAGAGGAAGCUUCAGCUCGUCUCUUGUCUCUGGGGAGGACUGCUUUCACCAUGAGCUAACCCCCCAUCGAAUCUACUGAAGAAUGCUGAGAGGAAACGUUUAAAUGCUUGGAAGUACGCAGUGCCCUGAGACCAAAUACAUGAAAGAGACCUCUGUGUCCCUGGGUGCAGGAGUUUUUUGGUCACAGACAUUAAAGGAAUGCCUUUCUUGGCUUUUGUUUUGUGUUUAGCUGUCUGUUUAUUCUGGAUCCAGCAUCAACGAGGGAAACCAUCCUAUUUUAAAGCCAUUGUGUAAGAUCUACCAAGAGGCAUACUCUUUAUCUGUAGGGAUGAACAACAUCACCUUGCAGAUGGACAAUACAACUUUGCAAUGGGACACUAAUGUCAGCCUGAACUAUAAAACUCCAGAGCAAGAAGGCUGCAUCAAGAACGAUGGAUUUAAGUACCAGCUUUAUGGUACGGUGUUCAGCAUUGUCUUUAUUGUUGGGCUUAUCAUGAACAUAGUGGCCAUGUAUAUUUUUACAUGCACUCUGAAAGUCCGCAACGAAACGACCACAUACAUGAUGAAUCUAGUCGUCUCGGACUUGCUGUUUGUUCUCACCCUACCACUGCGAGUCUUUUAUUUCAUCAGACAAGAUUGGCCAUUUGGAGGCUUGCUGUGCAAGCUUUCGGUCUCUUUGUUCUACACGAAUAUGUACGGGAGCAUCCUGUUUCUCACCUGCAUCAGCGUGGAUCGCUUCCUGGCCAUCGUUUACCCUUUUCGGUCACGGGAACUCCGGACCAAGCGUAACGCGAAGAUCGUAUGCGUGGCCGUCUGGGUACUGGUGCUGUCAGGCAGUCUUCCGACAGGUUUUUUGCUGGACUCUACACCAUCACAGAGUAACAACUCCAAUGCUAAAUUCUGCUUUGAGAACUUCUCCUCAAAACAAUGGAAGUCUCAUCUUUCCAAGGUGGUAAUAUUUAUUGAGACAGUGGGCUUCUUUUUACCCUUGCUUCUUAAUGUUUUCUGUUCUGCAAUGGUGCUCCAGAAACUAAGGAAGCCACAGACAGUCGCUCGGGGAGGAAAGCUGAACAAGACGAAAAUCCUGCGCAUGAUAAUGGUGCACCUUUUCAUCUUCUGCUUCUGUUUCAUCCCUUUUAACGUCAACCUCGUGUUCUACUCGCUGGUGCGUACGAAAAUCUUGCAAGGCUGCGCGGUAGAAUCCGUGGUCAGAACGAUCUAUCCAAUCGCCUUGUGCAUAGCUGUAUCAAACUGUUGCUUUGACCCUGUUGUAUACUACUUUACUUCAGAAACUAUACAAAAUUCAUUUAGGAGGAAAUCACAGAUCGAUCGCAACUGUAGCAUCAAGUUCUCAGAGGCUUUGCAAUCAGAGACAAGCUCCAGUCUUAAUUUUAACCUGAGGAGUAUUAAAAACAAAAUGUUCUUCAAUGAAUCCAUCAUAUAAGGAGCGAUUGUUGUAAAUUCUGUGUAAGCUUUGGUUGAAGUGACUAAACAGUAUUCAAAUGAGUAUGAAUUUACUAAUAUAGUGCAGGACUAAUAGUGGACUUUGCCCUGUGACCGAUGUGUUUACAUCCGGCGAGAUAUGCUUUAGGUCAAUACAGGAUCUCUUGUUUGUGCUCAUUAAUGGAUUUAUGUCUACACAUUUCAAUAAGGAAUAAAGUAUUUACUACUGCUUUUCUUCCAAACA